GAGGAAGCAGUCUAGGAAGAUAUGAAUAAUGAAGGAAAAAAGAAAUCUAGACAAGAACCCCAAGAGGAAUCAAAUCCUGCCCUUCAUCCAGCUAUUGACUACUUACACACUUGGCAUUACAAAAGACAACACUGGAACUUUAAGAAAGUUCGUCAAGUGUGGCUUUUAAAGAAUAUGUUUGAUCAAGAAGAAAUCUCCAAUGAAAACUUUGACAUUCUGCUGAAAUAUUUAAAGGGACUUGAGGGGGCAGCAAAAGAGAAGACUAUAAAGAUGGCAGAACAAAGGCUAGACUCUGGAGAAGGAGGAAGUGAACAGGAUACUGUGGUUGAAUCCAGAGUUCAACAAGUCCUUCAGAUGCUGACAGAGUAAAGGCCUGGGGAGAAGAGAAUGUUGGUUACUUGCAAUGAGCUGUAUUGAACAUUCUUGAUUAAAAUGAUAAAAAAUUCA